AGCUCUGUACCAUGUGACCUCUGUGAUCAUUCACAGAUUUCACACGUAGUAUGCAAUGAUGUCAGAAGUGACAUCUUGCUUACUACUUUGCAUGUGAUCACUGAUUGGCCAAUCAGUUAUCACAUGAUCGGGACCUCACACAGAGGUCCCGUCCGAUGCCAUUGAGAACUACUGAGUGAACUGUGAUUGGUCACAGCUUGUCAUAUGGUACAAGGCUGUUGUGAUCAUUCACAGCUUUCACAUGUAGUAAGCAAUGAUGUCACAUCU